AUGUGGCCAAUCGAAGAAACCGACUCUUUAGCCUUACUGACCAUUGUCUGCGAUUCGGCUACGCCCCUGCGAAAGGCAGAUGAUCUUGUUCAAGGUCGAACUCCGUCUGCUUUGCUUGGCCGGCCCUGUCUGGCAGCUUUCUCGUAUCUCCGCGAUUCUGCCGCUUCCAAUAAUCUGGGUAAUGUUGGCCAGCCUGCCGUUGCUUUAGCCAUGUUGUUCCGACAGCCUACCGGCUCCGCUGAGCGAGUUCAAGUCGUCUUCCCAGCGCUUGCUGUCAAGUUGGCGCUUAUCAUGUCAACCUCGCCCGGGGAUGUCGAGCCGAGCAAACCACUGUCCAUAUAUGGUAAUGAUUCACUGAUGGCAGUCAAAGUGCGGAACUAG